UAGCAUUACCAUGUUCUGACUUCCGGUUAGCAAACAGCGCAGCCUCGCAGCAGCAGCCGGUUAAAAAUAAACCCGUCCGACAGCUUCGACUGGCGGCACAGAACCUCCGCGGACAGACGUGACAACUGACUCUGUGUGUUCAUAAACAACUGAAGAAAAGUGACAAACGUGUGUAUUAGCGGAUUAGCGUCGCUGCUAACUUAUUCACUCUGUCUAAUGCUGCAUUCAAGGUACACCGGACCCAAGAAAUAUGUCCCCAGAAUGUGAUGAGAAAGCGGAACAACUCGCUGACUGCGGAGCAUGACAGCGGGACCACCGGCACUCUGCUGGACAGCGACCCGGACCUGAAGCAGCGUCCCGGCAGGGAGGCAGCGGGGCCCGCAGCGGGCGGCCGGCAGGGCCCUGGAGAGGAGGGCAGCAUGGGGAAACCGUUCAGGAGGUUGGGUCUGGUGGGGAAGCUGAAGAGGUUCAUGUUGUGGCUGCUGGUCGUCUACGUCUCCAUCCCCUUCCUCAUCAAACUGUGUCCGUCCAUCCAGGCCAAACUCGUCUUCCUCAACUUCGUGAGGCUGCCCUACUUCAUAGACCUGAAGCGGCCUCUGGACCAGGGACUGAACCACACACACAACUUCUACCUGGAGCCGGAGAGCGGACUGAAGAUCGGAGUCUGGCACACAGUUCCUGCUCAGAUGUGGAGAGAAGCUCAGGGGAAACAAGGCGACUGGUACGACUCCAAGUUUAGCUCCUCCCACUCUGUCAUCCUCUAUCUCCAUGGAAACGCAGGGACCAGAGGAGGAGACCACAGAGUUCAGCUCUACAAGGUCCUCAGUUCGUUAGGAUACCACGUGGUCACGUUCGAUUACAGAGGCUGGGGGGACUCAGACGGCGCUCCAUCAGAGGGGGGGAUGACAUCAGACGCCCUCUUCAUGUAUGAUUGGCUGAAGAAGCGGUUGGACGACAAAACGCCGCUUUACGUCUGGGGACACUCUCUGGGGACGGGAGUUGCCACCAACCUGGUGAGACGGCUGUGUGACAGAGGAAGUCCUCCAGACGCUCUCAUCUUAGAGUCUCCGUUCACCAACAUCAGAGAGGAGGCCAAGAGCCACCCCUUCUCCAUGGUGUACAGGUACCUGCCUGGCUUCGAUUGGUUCUUCCUGGACGCCAUCACGGCCAACAACAUUCGUUUUGCCAGCGAUGAAAAUGUGAAUCACAUCUCCUGUCCUGUGCUGAUCCUCCACGCUGAGGACGACAGCGUCGUUCCUUUCCACCUGGGAAAAAAGCUGUACAACAUGGCCUCCCAGUCAAAGAGCCUCAGCGGUCACAAGGUCCAGUUUGUUCCCUUCCCCUCCUCGCUGGCCUACAAGCACAAGUUCAUCUACAGGAGCCCGGAGCUGCCAAACAUCCUCAGUGAUUUCCUCGGUGGUUCUGCUCAGCAACAGAUGGACGACUCGGCCUGAAAACACACACACACACACACACACACACACACACACACACACACGGACUGAACACAUCAUUCCUUUUUCGUUCUUCAUUCCUCUCACAUCAGCACCGGCUCCACCGGGUCGCCACAGUGACAGUGGGAGUGUUUUUAGGUUCUGUAGAGCGACGAGGACGAACAGAACUGGACCAGACAGACGUGAAACAUCUGUUUAGAUCUUUGUAGUAUUUCACGAGGGCGACGAGCUGCAGCCUGUUUCUUUAACGUCUGUGUGAUUUCACUUUGUCGGGCCGACUCUCCCGGAUCGGGUCGACUCUUUGGCCCGGAGGAUCCGUUUGUUUUUAAUAAAUGUCCUCAGUUUUAAGGCCUGUUAUGACUUGAAUUAUCAAUUAAAUAUUUCUUGUUUUA